UCGAACAAUACGAGCAAUGCAUUUGUACGUGUUACCAGCGUUUUCUUUUGCGUGAAAAUCUCAGGUCCUUAUUUUUUUAAUAAGACCUCGUGACAUUUAACCUUGAAGAGAAGGCGCAAAGAUGAUUUCUCGACUUUACGUCCAGCCGCUUCCUCAGUAACUCAUCGGAAGCGGAUACGGAGACUGCUGCAAAUUUUGCCAACAUCGUCAACUCAGGUGCUGCUAAAGAGGGCUCAGCGGUUGCGAGGAUGGCUUCCCCUGUUGCCACGGCAGCUGGCAGGGUGAUUGACAGGCAGGCCAAUGGGGAAGCAGCCGGCGAGGGACACCUGGGGGACUCUGGAGAGCUGAAGAGGGGCUCUGACCAGGGCUUCGCUGGCCUCUCCACUCACAUGCGGCAGGUCCAGCGGCCGGCUGUCCUGCCCUGCCUCUCAUCGCGGACUCUCCCUCACCCCUCCUUCUACUCGCUGUACGUGGCCAUGGGGUCCGUGCACGGAGCUCGGAAUCGCAGCGGUCACCCCAACAGGCAGCCAGUGCCCGCAAUGUGUCCAGCUGAUUUCUACUACACAGACCCCAUGUUGCCUCCAGGGAGCCGGAUCUGCAAUACCAUGUCUCAGCUAGAGGUCCUUGAGUGCUGCCAGCUCAACACGCCUCCACCAAUCAUGUCUGCAUGCCAGGCACCCCCUCCAGGUCCCAACCCCUUCAGCUCCACACCCCAUCCCGUCAGGCAACUGGGACAACCGACCUGGGAUAGGAAAUGGCGUCCCCGCGAAACUCCACAGUCUGUUGGGUCGAGACGGAUCGGGAUCGUCCAGCUCAACCCAGAGGAGGACCAGGCGGUCACCAGCCUGCUGCGGCUCCAUUAUGAUCAGUUCCCUGUAGAGAGGAACGCCGGGGAACCCGUGCUUUCUCCCCUGCAGGACAAGAUUCCACUGGGAGAUUCCACAGUGUAUCCCGAUUCGGAAUGUGGUGCGAAUGACCUGCCCCGGACCCCCACAGACGCAACCCUUUUCCCUGCAGCAGAGUCUUGCACGUCAGGAGGGCACUCUGAGGAGGAGAUGGAGGCGGUACACGCGUUGCUGGAACUGGAAGGCAGGGGCCUGUGCUAUCCUCUAGAGGAAGGGCCUGGAAGAUCUGCCCCCGAGAGCCCUGAGGAAUUCGGAGACGGAGACACAAGUGAGCCUGGAAACGGGGAAUCGAUCUUCUUUGCAGCACAUUUACCCAGAGAACCGGAUUCCCUGCCAGCUGGCUGCCCAGAGCUGGAGGACUGGCCUGUGACAAGUGAUCAGCUGGCUGCAGGAGUGUGGGGGAGUCUGGGGAGAGAGUCCGGUGACGCCAGCCAGCCAGACCCCAGCCUUUCUUUGGCCUUAGAUGGCAGAGCUGGAGCUGGGGAGGGAGACGUUGUGAAAGAGAGAAGCAAGGUGGCUUCGGUGGCUGGCGUCCAGCCAGCCCAGUGCCAGCCUGUGCUUGAGAGCCUGCCUGGCUUGCAGCCUUACCAGGUAGAAGGUCUGACAGCUGGGGAAGGCUGGAAUGAAAGGGAAGAGGAAUUUCGUGGUCUGGAAGGUGGAAGGUCGCAGGCCUUGCCAGAUCUUUGUCUGUUCUCAGACUGGCAAGGCUCAUUGGGCCAGACUGUUUGAUGCCCAUCCAGUGCGUUUUGUGCAGAGUGUCAUCGCAGGCAGUGGAGAUGGGAGUGGGCUGUGGAUUAGUCAGAAGAAAGCAGUGCCUAGACCUGCCUCAUUCCUAAAUGUGUAACUGGCACAGGUGAUUGUAAAGGGAGAGAAAAAUACAUCUGUUCAUGUAAAAGUAAGAAAAACACUUCAGAAUCUUGAGAGAGCCUGGUAAAACAGAAACCUUAGUAAACCAUCAAGGUCUUUUUUUUUUAAAGCUGUGAGGAAAAAAAAAUCCUUUCCUUAUAGAUCUUUGUCAGCGAAAGGAAAAGUGUUCCCAUUUGUUAAAUUUGACUCUUUCAUUAUACAUUAUGAUUA